UUGAAGACAAAAAACCUUGGCGCCUCGUGGAAAAUGAGAGCAAUUUUGUGCUUAGAUUUAUUUACUAUUAUUACUACAUAUACAAAUAUACCUUAUUACAGUCAUGCGUUUUUCAUUACGCGCAUAUGAGAAUUGAAACUACCGAUGGUGCAACAGAGUUGUAGGGGCUAUCUAACGUUAGCCAUGCUUUGGUCUAAGUAUCUAUUUCCGCUCGACAUUGGUGUUCUUCCUGGUUGUUGAUCUGGAUAGCAACAUUUCGGCCACGAGCAAGUUCCGACAAAAUGCAGGCGACGAUACAAAAUAACGUUUGAGCGUUAGAUAUUAUAAUGUCUAUCUCGGCGUUUGCUUUGUAAGCCUCAAAGCUUCUCAUUUGCGAGGGAGGAUUCAUGCAAUGCGAUAUUCAUUUUGAUUAUGUCCAAAAUGCCCGACUCCUGUGCUGCAGCAAGCUGCAAGCAGAGUACGGACCAGUCCAACGUUUUCUUCUUCUUCAGGUUCCCGCUGGAUGCGAAUCGAUGUAAACAAUGGGUCAGCAACUGCAGCAGACCAGACCUGAAGAGUAAAACACCGGAAUAUUUACACAAGAACUACAAGUUAUGCUCAAAACAUUUUGAGACAUCUAUGAUAUGUCAGCAAAGCACUGCUAAGCCUGUCCUCAAGGAUGAUGCAGUUCCUACUAUAUUUGACCAACCAACCAACAAGGACAAAGCAGAAAAUAGCAGAAAAAGAACAAGAGAGAAAGCAGCAGAGGAGCCAGUUGUCGCAAAGAAAACUAAAGGUACUGCUGGUAACUCGCAACCCUCUGUAAUAACAGCAGAGGAUACAGUUGAGAACGUCCCAGUUGAGAACAUCCCAGUUGAGAACAGCGCGACACACAAUCUUCUUGCACCUGAUGAAUCCGAGAAAGAGGAUCCUGCUAUUUCCAAAGUCAAGGAGACUUUGAAAGACUAUUUCAAAGAGACGUUAGCCUUCACUGGUUUCAGCAUUGGCAGCAAUGCAAUUCCCAACUCUGCCAAACCACUGGGGAGCGACCCAGCUGGCCCGCUCUCUGUCAAUACCAUAUGUGCAGAGAAGAUUGACCCGAAAGAAGUGCUCACCUUAGGAGAGGAUGUUAUGCAUAAGGAGAUUUGCAACAGUUUGCACCUCGCACGCUUUUUCUCCAUACUUCUCCAAGACAAAAUACAAAUCGAAGGCAAGGACCAGAUCCCUUUCUUUAUCCGUUUUGUCACAGCUGCAGGCUUCCCACACAAACACCUUGUGGGAUUUCUUCCCUGUGAUAUCGAUUCUGACAGUCUGUUUAAUAUGCUGAUAUCUGAGAUCAGCAACAAGUGGGGUCUGCGGAUGGAGCACUGUCGUGGAUUCACCUACCUGACGACAGGGAGCGUAUGUCAGAAGUUAAAAGAGCUCUCCUGCAGAAUGUUGAGGGAUUUUCCGCAAGUAGUGUUAGCCCCCAGUGAGCCCUAUGCCUUUAACAUGUGGUUGAUUCGCACUAUGCCCGUCCUUUCGAUUCAAGAUGUUAUUGAUACCGUAGAAGAGGUUGCCGCUGUUAUUAGACAGUCCGAAACUCUGGCGAGGAAACUUGACAUCAAAAUCACUUCUUUGUACGGCCACAUCAAGGGUGAGGUGGACAGGGUCAAGGAUGCUUGCCAGAACCAUUGGGAAUAUGCCACUGAUGCUUUUCAGACAAUGCUUGAUAUCUUAGAGCCAUUUUUGAACAGCAUUGGAGAGAUGUGCACCAGUUCCCUAUCAAAUGUGGAUGCAGACACUGUCGAAGUGCUUCUGAAGCUGAAAGAUAAGAUGAAGAAUUUUAAUUUCAUUGUUACGCUUGUGGUCCUGAAGAACACGCUGUGUUGUGUAAGCAUCCUGAACCCCAGUCUCAGGGGAAUAAUCAGCAUCAGCAGCACCUUACAGUACACCAUCUCCAACGCCUUAAAGCUUCUCACCAAACAUUUACAGGAGAUUGCGAUUUUUCAUAGAAAGUGGUUCUCAGAUGCAUUGGGCAGGGCCAAGAAGUUGGGUGUGCCAGUCAGUAUGCCCGCGGAAUUGGUGACCAACGGGGAAGGUGCAGAGAAACCCCAGAUCUCUUUAGAGGAUUACUAUAGGGAAACACUGAGCAAGAAAGUCUUGCAAUACCUUGCUGACGAAGUCAAAAGAGUCUUAGGCACUGAAAUGGUGAGAAUCCUCAGAUGGUUGUCAUUGGUGCCAUCAUACAUGGCUGACCACAAUUUUAGCAUCCGCAAAGACAAAGUCGCUGAUGCCAACCUGAAUAACUUGGCUCGUCCUGACUCCUUCUAUGAUGAGCUGGGCUGUUGGGAAGUGAAGUGGAGACAUGCUAGCAAGCGAAGGAUCCUUCCAACCAAUGUGUUUGCCACCCUCAAGAUUCCAGAUAUAGGCUUUUACCCAAACGUGCAGAGCCUUCUCAGAGUGCUGGGUACCAUCCCUUGUGUCACUGCAGAAGCAGACGUGUACGGACAGUAUGAAAUGGUGUUGAACAGGUAUCACUCCUACAUGAAAGAAGUUCCUGUAGAGAAGAGACUCUGUAAUAUGGCCCUUGUUUAUGUCAACCAAGAUGUACACUUCAACAUUGAGGAAAUGGUGGAAGCGUACAUUGAGAAAUAUCCAGACAUCCUGCAGCUUUUGCAAGAGGUUGAUGCGAUGGAAGUCGAGCCAUCAGUACCAGAAACCAUUGCAAAUGAUGCCUCUAAGGACGACACAGAAGAACCAAGAGAGAUGACUUUAAGUAUGGAAACUGAGAGACCGAAACUACCAGAAUGUGCAGAAACGGAUAAAGAAGCAUUAAAAUCUGCUCUACAGGCAACGGUCACUGCAGCAUAUGGCAGACAAAGCAAACACACACAGGGUGAUCAAGAAAUGGAGUAUGUGACCAAAUCUGAAAUGAACGAAGUCCUGAAAGUGUGCGAAGAUGUUGUCAGAGAUCGAAUUAUUACAGAGGUCGGACAUUCGUUCUUCUCCCUGUUCAUUGACCGAGUUGUCAGACUUGGAGAAAUUGAAUACUUACCCAUGUUUCUCAGAUUUGUCGACAGUUUUGAUAUCAUGCGUCUUGAGCUUUUAGGGUUUGUAGAAGUCAGUCAUGACACUGACACCAUGUCCGAACGACUGUUUGAUGCCGUCACAAAAGAGUGGCGUCUGAAUUUGAGCAACUGCAGAGGUCAAGCUUACCUUGGCUCCGGCGAGGUGUCCUACAAGCUCAAAGCCUUCGCUUGUAAAAUACAGGAGAAGCAGCCUCUUGCUAUAUGCACACACUGCUCGUGUUACUCUUUCAAUACCUGGUGGUCAAGGUCGGUCCCUGUAGCUGCGGUCAUCAGAGCCAUAGACACAUUAGAAGAAAUAGUGUCAUUUUUCCAAAGCCUGCCUUUCCUGGAGAAACAACUGGAUCAAGUCUUAGCCAUAGGCUUGAGAGAGAGCUAUGAGAAAAUCCACGAGCUUCAAGGAAAGUUCUGCUCUUCUUGGCUCGAGAAGCAAGACUCUUAUGAAGUCUUUGCUCAGAUUCUAGAGCCCUUGGCAAUGUGUCUAGAAAAUAUCGAUGACUGCAAACCGCAGGGAUGGAGCUUAGCGAUUUCCAGCCGAGCCAAAAGACUGCUUCAGUUGAUUCGGGACUUUGACUUCAUUGUGGCAAUUGUUGCGUUAAAGAAUGCCUCAUCGUUCACCAGAGAACUCAGCGCAGCACUGCAGAAAGACCAUUUUAGUGCUGCCUCACAGCUCUGCCAGAUUAGUGGGAUUUUGGCCACGCUCCACCGGGUGAAGACCAAUAUCAAGGUUUUCCAUCAGAACUGGUUUGAUGAGGCUUGUGUCUUUGCUCAGAAUCUGGGUGUCCAGGUGAAAAUGCCUGAUAAUGUGGUUAUUCCACGGGACAGUCUCUUAAAACCAGGUGUGUACUACAAAGACGCAAUGAGUGUCCCCUUGGUCGAUUACCUUAUAAACAUGGUAAAGGAUUAUUUCUCUGAUGACCACAAGGAGGCCCUCAACUUCUUGUCUCUGGUGCCGUGCUCCGUUACAAUGAGCUAUGUCUUUGAAACACUAAAGUUAAAACCUCCGUUGUACAUCGGUGACCUUCCAGACCCUGACAACUUCUUCACAGAGCUCAGCUGCUGGAAAGUUAAGUGGAAUACAAAAGUGGUUAGUGAAACCAUACCAGAAACCAUUUUCCAGACUCUGCGACUGCCGCUCAUGCAGUACUUUACAAACAUCAAUACGUUGCUGAAAAUUCUGUGCGUGUUGCCAAGCACAGCUCUGGAAUAUUGCGGUGAGGUGAAGCGGCAUAAAAUGUAUCAAGACUUCCUGAGCAAUACCUCUCCAAAGGACAGAUCGCCCUGUUUAGCCAUGCUUCAGGUGGGAACUGACUUUAAAAGAGACCUUGACAAAAUGGUUGCUCAGUGCCUAAAAGUCACACCUAAGACCCUGGAGGGUAUAUGCUUGGACAAAGAAUCCAGAACUUUGGGAAGGACUGUUGAGAUAAAAACAGAGGAAGACCACCAUAUGGAUGUAGUUGAGGUCACGGAAACUCUACAGGGAACAGACCCCAGCAUACCAGUGAUGAAUUCUGAGACAACAAACAGAGAAGCAGAUACCCCCACACAAGCAGAGAGUACAGAUGCUCAACAUCAGUCUGAAGAUAUUGUUGAAGUGGUAAUUGUGGACCAACAGAUAAAGAUCGAAGAAGAGACCAAUGCGGAUAAGAAUGGCCAUUCUGAUGAACCAGUGGACAACAUAAAGAACUGUGAAAAGGUGUUUAAACAGGCAGCUGUGCUUGCAAGGAGAAACUGCUCAUUGGUUGACCUCAGUAAAGAGGAGCAAGAUUCGGUGCUUCGGGACCUUGCUUCAUGUCAUUGGAUACAGCAGGAAGGGAUGUUGUUUUUAGAGGGAGAAAUGCUGCAAUGCAUUGUAAAGGCCAUAAGAGAACAAAUCCUCAGUGAAGUUCAGGACUCUCCGUUCUUUUCCAUCAUCACUGAUAGACCUAUCUCAGUGGGUGAAACAAAGUUCCUUCCCGUUUUUGUUAGGUAUGUCAAUGACUGCAUUCCUAAAGUGGAGCUGGUAGGGUUUCUGCCAUUUGAGGAAAGUUCUGAUGUAAAUUUGCAAGCUAAGGCCCUUUCAUCCACUCUAGAGGCUGAGUGGGGACUUCAGAUGGGCUACUGCCGUGGCCAGUCCAUUAUGCGCAUUGGCACAGGAGGCCAGAGUCUCAGGAAGAUGGCUUUGGGUCUUUUGGAGAACUAUCCAUUAGCUGUGAACACACCCAGUGAGUCUUGUGGUCUUGCCUAUUGGCUGGCGUUAAGCUUACAAAAUGCCUCCAUUACUAAGGUUCUAGAGAUAGCUGAGGAUCUGUUACAGUUUUUCGACCAGUCACCUAAGUUAGAGAAUGAGCUUGCUAAGACGAUGGAUGGACUUCUAAACACCCCACAGGAAGCCCUUGGAGAGAUCCCAGAGACCUGCUUGUCCAGAUGGAAAAAGAGAGAAGAUUUCUUUGAUAUCCUCGUGGACAUGCUCGAGGGAGCCCUCAACUGCUUGGAUUCUGUGAGCACCAACAACAAUGGGUCAUGGAGUAGUAACAUGUUGCUGCAUUCUCAGACUCUGUCCACAGCUAUCAGGCAGGUUGAUUUUGUCAUCCCUCUUGUGAUUUUGAAGAACGCCUGUGCUCCAUUGAGGAACUGUAGCACGGUUUUUCGCUGUGGAAACCCUGCUGACAUCGUCUGUGAGCUUGAGAAGAUUAUGCCAAUAAUAGAUUCUCUAAGCAAGAUGUUGGAAAAUGUGAGUGGAGUGCAUUCUACCUGGUUUGAGGAGGCAGUGGAACUUGCUGUUAAGGUCACCGGAUUGCUGUCAUAUCCAGAAUCCGUCAAUAGCUUUGAGUCACCAGAGGCAUUCUACAUGGAAAUCGUUAGCUUACCAGUUCUAAAUGGGUUGAUUGAAGAAAUGAAGUUCAACUUCUCUGAAAAUCACCUGAAAGCCCUUAAAGUGUUAUCUCUGCUGCCAACCUGUAACCCUCUUCCCAUCCUUCCUGAAUCCACUGAUAAACUGCACACUAUCUACCUGAGUGACCUCCCUGAACCAGAAACAGCUGAGGAAGACAUCAACACCUGGGCCACAGCGUGGAGGGAGAAGUACCAAGAUGUUUCUCCUCCUACCUCCAUCUCUGAGACGUUGCUCCACAGUGAAGCCAAAAAACUUCCAAAUGUUGCUACGCUUCUUAAACUCGUGGCUGUGUUGCCUAGCAUUAGCAUGGAGUGUGAUCUAAUGAAAACAACUCUAAAUUCCUUGAGAACUUUACUCAGAGAUGGUAUCUUUAACAGGGGUAGUAAGACUGACGCAGUCAUGCUUCUGAUGCAUCGUCAGACGCUUCAAAGUUUGGAAGAGAUAAUAGAGAAAUGUAUGGAGAAUGAUCUAGAGAGUCAUCAAUUUCUUGCUCAGGCAAAAGCAAGAGUAAAUCAUUUGAGAAUGGAAAGUGAAGUAAUUGCCAUGGCUCCAAAGGAGAUUUCUGUGGAUGUGAAUGGUUCUGGUUAUUCUCAUGAUGCAAAAGAUGUUGGAAUUGACGUCAAUACUGCUCCUACAGAGGAAGUUCAAAUGGAAAAGAAUGGGUCUACUGAGACACUUGAGGCUGAAGAACAAUCCACAAGGACACCUGACCCACAGACAUCAUCAACUGUUGACACCUCUGACAAACCCGCAACAAUGAUUCAGGUCAUCCCUGCUAGCAGCCCUCUGCCAGUCAGCACACCUGAACAACCAACACAAUCUGUCCAAGAUGCCUCCAUGCAAUCCACAUCAGUAGUCCAAACUGAUCAACUCAUUGACUCAACUCAGCAUCAAGAUACAAAUGGUCUUGAUCAAUGUGAAGCUGGCUUGUCAGUUCAGACUGCAGCUUAUCAGUUGUUGGCUAUAGGGCAAGAUGGAGCUGAGCAAUCAGAACAGCAAAUGAGUGACCAGUUAUUAUCAGUCGAUCAAAGUGAAACCAUGGAAGUUGAUCACAGUGAAACUGAUCAGUUUGUAGCAGCAGAUGAAAGUGGAACAGACCAACCAGCAAGCUUGCAAAUUGUUCCUGAUCAGAUGAUGGCAGCCGAUCACACUGAAACUGAUCUGUCUGUAGAACCUUGUCACACAGUAAAAGGGUUAGCAGAAGAAGAUGGAACUGGUCAGUUGGUUUCAGAGGAUCCAAAUGAAUAUAUUCGACCCAUGGCAGUUGAUCAAAGUGUAAAUGAAGAGUUAGUGUCAGAGAAUCAAAGAGAAACGGAAGUCAUGGAAGUCGAUAAGAGUGACACUGAUCAGUCUGUAGCUGCAAAUCAAAAUGAAGCCUAUCAGUCAGAAACAGGUGAACACACAGUAUCACACACUGUGGAAACUGUUCAAUCUAUAGUAGAACUUCAAGAUGAAAGUGGAACUGCUCAGUUAGUAUCAUUGGCUCAUAUUGAAUCUGGUCAACUUGUAGAUAUUGAUGGCUCUGGAAAGGAUGAGAAUACAACACAUGUAGCACAUCAGAGUGGUACUGAUGAGAUCAUUGCAGUUGGUCAAGUUGAAAUUGAUCAUUCUGUUGCAGAAAGUCAGGCUAGUCAGACAGAAACAGGUUUAGCAAAUGAAACUCAAAUGGGUCAGUUAGUAUCAGAGGAUACAAUUGUGUCUGAACAGCUUAUUGUUGUUGACUAUGUAAUUGAUCCAUCCGUUACAGCAGAUCAAAGUGUUGCUGAUCAGUUAGUAGCAGUUGAACAAGUUGAAACUGAUCAUUCUGUAGUUGAUGGUCAACGUGAAACUGUUCUGACGGAAACAGGGUUAGCAGAUGAAGUUAGAACUGGUCACUUAAUAUCAGAGGAUCAAAACGCAUCUGAUCAACUCAUGGUAGUUGACUCUGGAAUUGAUCAGUCUGUGACAGACAAUCAAAGUGUAACUGAUAACGUAGUGGCACAUGUUAGAGCUGAAACAGAUCUUUCUGUAGUUGAGGGUCAAAAUGAGACCAGUCAGACAGAAGCAGGGUUAGCCAACGAAGUUGAAACUGGUGAGGAUGUAUCAGAGGAGCAAAAUGGAUCUGAUCAGCUCAUGAUAGUUGACGCUGAGAUUGAUCGGACUGUAACAGCAGAUCAAAGUGUAACUGAUCAGUUAGUGGAUGUUGGUCAAGUUGAAAUGGAUCAUUCUGUAGUUGAGGGUCAAAGUGAGGCUGGUCAGACAGAAGCAGUGUUAGCAAAUGAAGUUGAAACUGGUCAGUUGGUAUCAGAGGAUCAGCUCAUGGUAGUUGACUCUUGUAUUGAUCGGACUGUAACAGCAGAUCAAAGUGUAGCUGAUCAGUUAGUGGAAGUUGAUCAAGUUGAAACUGAUCGUUCUGUAGUCGAGGGUCAAAGUGAGGCUGGUCAGACAGAAGAAGGGUUAGCAAAUGAAGUUGAAACUGGUCAGUUGGUAUCAGAGGAUCAGCUCAUGGUAGUUGACUCUGGUAUUGAUCUGACUGUAACAGCAGAUCAAAGUGUAGCUGAUCAGUUAGUGGAAGUUGAUCAAGUUGAAACUGAUCGUUCUGUAGUCGAGGGUCAAAGUGAGGCUGGUCAGACAGAAGCAGGGUUAGCAAAUGAAGUUGAAACUGGUCAGUUGGUAUCAGAGGAUCAGCUCAUGGUAGUUGACUCUGGUAUUGAUCUGACUGUAACAGCAGAUCAAAGUGUAGCUGAUCAGUUAGUGGAAGAAGUUGAUCAAGUUGAAACUGAUCGUUCUGUAGUCGAGGGUCAAAGUGAGGCUGGUCAGACAGAAGCAGGGUUAGCAAAUGAAGUUGAAACAAGUCAAUUGGAAUCAGAUGAUCAACUCAUGGUAGUUGACUCUAGAAAUGAUCAGUCUAUUGGAACAAAUCAUGGCGGAAGUGUUCAUUCAAUAAUGGGAGAUCAAAGUGUACCUGAUCAAUUUGUGGUAGUGAGUCAAGUUGAGACUGACCAGUCUAUAACAGAUGGCCAGAAUGAUACUGGUGGGACUGAAACUGAAUUGGCGAGUGAAGAUAGAAGUGGUCAGUUAGUAGGGGAUCAGCUUAUGGUAGCUGACUCUGGAAAUGAUCAAUCUGAAGAUCAUGGUGAAACAGGUCAAUCGGUAAUGGAUCAAACUGAUCAGUUUGUGGCACAAGUUGCAGCUCAACCUGUAGUUGAAGGUCAAAGUGGAGAUGAUCAUUCAGUAACAGGUGUAGUAGAUGUAAACAGAGCUAGUCAGAUUGUAUCAGCGGUUCAAAGUGGAACCGAUCAGCUCAUGGCAAAUGAAGUACAGUCUGUGGUAGAGACUCGGGAUGGAAUUAUUCCAGGCGUGCCUGAUCAAUUCGUGCCAUUUGGUCAAAGUGAAACUGAUCAGAUAGUACCAGGGAAUUCAGAAAGUGGAACCGAUCAUUCACAAACAGUAGAUAAGGUUGGCCCUGACCAGCUUGAAGUUGCUGUAGAUUGUGGCACAGACCAGCUGGAUUCAGCACCCCCAGAUGGAUCAGACCAUCAAACCGCAGAGCUACAUGCUCACCCUGAUCAGCCUUCUGCAAUAAUUCUUAACCAUUCCAUGUCUGUUUCACCUGAGGACAUUACUGAUCAUCCCACAGCAGCACAAUCUGAAGAAACGGACAAAUCCACAGCAAAGGCUCAGGACAGCACAGACAAAGACACUGGACCUGAACAAAAAGUUCUUACCCUCUAUGACACUUCUGCUCGGGAGGAGCUGCUCAAAGAACUUUGUGACAUAAAGUACUUUACCAUUGUGGCUGAAGAAGAGUUGGAAAUUGAUGGACAACCUUACAUCCCUGUUGGAAUACACUACCUUGACAAACAAGAUGUUCAAUGUGAGAAUAUAUUAGCCUUCAUCCCCCUCGCCACAGACAUCGCUUUAUUUGUGGAUACUCUGACGACUGCCCUCUCACAGAAGUGGGGUUUAAACAUGGCAUUCUGUAGAGGUCAGGUCUUGGCAAGACCAGGGGCCUCCGUCUCUCAAAUGAGACGAGCUUCAUCUUUGCUUUCCCAGAGACUUCCUCAUGCUUUGAGUUUCUUGAGCCCAUUAACUCCCAAGUCUUUGCUAGCCAGUUUGUCCUCUCUAAGAGAGGUCAAGCACAGUUUUAAAUGCUUUGAGCAGCUGUUAAGUUGGUUCUCUGAGGAUGAUCAGCGACAAGUAAGGCUACACGAUGCUGUUGUACAUUUAUUCCAGACGGACGAAAGUAAAGCUAGUGAGCUGAAAACCAAGCUUGGCUGCAGUCAAUGGGCCAUGAGCCAUGAGAUUCUGGAUCUUACUGUGGACAUUCUAGAGGCCGUAUUUUAUUGUUUGAAUGAGAUGAAAGGAAAUGACAGUGAGGCCAACGCAGCACAGGCUCAGAGCUUCCUUUCUGUCAUCCAGAACUUUGAUUUCAUACUGACAGUUGUGAUUAUGAGAAACAUCCUGAGCCUCACCAAAAACCUAAACCAGAGUCUUCAGGGAAAUUCCUGUGAUGUGUAUCAAGCUGUAAGCAGCCUGUCUGAUGUUCUGUCACCUCUCAGUGAAAUGGAAAGCUGUAUUGAAUCGCACCAUCAAACCUGGUUUCAAGAGGCAGUUGCAUUAGCUUCUAAGCUCCAGGUCAUAGUACAGCAUCCUUCACUACAACCUCCCUUAAAUGUGCACUACAGAGAAGACAUCAGUAGAGAGGCCAUUGAGUACUGCAUUGCAGAAGCAGAAGGGCUCUCCCAGGAUGUUUUGUCUGCUCUUCACUGCUUGCAGGUUGUGCCUUAUGUCAUGUCCAAAGUGGAGGGAUGCUGCAAGGACAUUGAGUUGGUCAGAGUGUUUCUGGAUGACCUUCCUGACCCAAACUCCCUCCAGGAUGAGCUCCAGAGGUGGAAGGAUAGGUGGCAGGUCUCCAUCGUGGCUCACCAGCACCUUCCUGAUACUGUUCUUGGCACUCUCCAAACCUCUGACAUCCAGUCUUUUCCCAACAUUUUAACUAUUCUUAGGCUCCUGGCAGCCCUGCCCUGGUCCAGCGUGCAGAGUAGCUUUAGACAGGGGUACAUGAGUUCUGAGUUAUAUCCUUUGUAGGUGACUGGGCUUAGCUGAUCCCAAACAAGCCCUCCCAUUAGGAUGUCAUAUACUGCUGAAUCUUCAGAAUGGCCCACUUUAUUCUAAACUGUAGAUCGCGUCAGACUGUAGGUUUCAGUAUGCUUUUUUAUUAGACACAUGAAUUAGACAUGUACACUUUAAUUAUAUUCACAUUGUGGUUUUAUUGAUGUUUUGUCUUUUUGUUUUCUUCCAUUUACGUAUGUGGCAUGGAAAAAGAGGGCUGAAAAUUGGGACCAAUGUCUUGCCAAAAAAAAGGAUGCCCUUGGGAGGGGGGCUUUACUGCUUUGUGCCUUUAUGCAAAACCCAUGACUCUUCGAAUCAUCAGACUAAAAGUCAGACUUUGGAAAUUUCCUAAUAUCUUCAGGAACCUUAAAUGACUUUAAAUAUGUAAGUCCUCAGAGAUAAUUUGAGAAGCGUGUUUUAUCACAUUAAAUCACGACAGUGAUGUUUUAUUGUCAAAUUGUCAUCCCAUAGCACAAACUAAAACGCUCUGUUCCUGUAUCAUUAUGCGUGUUACAAUGGUUGAUUUGUUUGCAGUUUUAUUUAGAUGAAUUACAUUUUUCUGUAAACAUUUCUCCCAGAAGCCCUCCUCAUGAAGGAUGCAUACAUAUAUAUUUGACUAAAAUAAAUGAAUAAAACUAUUAAAAAGAAGCAUUGUUUACAUUUAUACCUCUGUGACAUUGAAACCUAAAUAUUUUAAAGCAUGUCCACAAGAUGGCAGUGUUAGGCUUUCUUGGGUUGUGAAGGUCUAAUUACUGAUGAUUGUGUUUUGUCCUCUUUAUCCCCAAAUUAUUUUUUUAAUUUAAAAAACGGUUAAUUCACUUACCAUCUGUAGUAAGUGUGUUAUAUUAUUUAUUUUUAUUAUAAUUAUAGAAAUUCUAACUAGUUGUCAGUCAAUAUUUGGAUAUCAGGAUUGGCUGUUAUAAUGCUAAUAAAAGCAUAAUACAGUUGGGAAAUUAUAUAAUUUUUUCCCAUAAUGUUUGGAAGAUAUGUGAACUAGCAAUUCUGGUAAUCAAUGUUGUUUAUAGUUGAUACUGAAAACGAUAUCAUUUUAUAUAAUUAAUUAGCAUUUGUCUAUCAAUAAUAUACAAUUCUACCUUACAGAAAUAAAUAUAACUUUAUAAUUUUU